GCCUUCUACUGGAACAUGCUGCUCCCUUCUCUGCUUUUUUGACGGACAGCUUUGGGCGUCAGCACAACUACUUGCGAAUUUCUUUGACAGAGAAAUGCAACCUCAGGUGUCAGUAUUGUAUGCCAGAGGAGGGUGUUAAGCUGACCCCUAAAUCAGAGCUACUUACUGCUCAGGAGAUAAUCACCCUAGCCAGACUGUUUGUGAAUGAAGGUGUAGAGAAGAUUCGACUGACAGGAGGAGAGCCACUUAUCCGGCCCGAUGUGGUCGAUAUUGUGGGUCAACUGUACAAGCUAGAAGGGCUGAAAACCAUUGCUGUUACAACCAACGGGAUCAACUUAGCCAGAUUGCUGCCCCGACUGAAGGAGGCAGGACUGAAUGCCAUUAACAUUAGCCUGGAUACUUUGGUCCCAGCUAAAUUUGAAUUCAUUGUCCGGAGGAAAGGCUUUCACAAGGUAAUGGAAGGAAUCCACAAAGCCACUGAACUUGGCUACCACCCUGUUAAGGUAAACUGUGUGGUGAUGCGAGGCUUCAAUGAGGAUGAACUGCUGGACUUUGUGGAUUUCACAAAGGAUCUACCCCUUGAUGUGCGGUUCAUAGAAUACAUGCCCUUUGACGGCAAUAAAUGGAAUUUCAAGAAGAUGGUGAGCUACAAAGAAAUGCUUGAUACAAUCAAACAGCGAUGGCCUGAAUUAGAGAGAUUGCCCUGUGAAACUUCCAGCACAGCCAAGAGUUAUAAGGUGCCACAUUUCCGGGGACAAAUCAGCUUUAUCACCUCCAUGUCAGAGCACUUCUGUGGAUCCUGCAAUCGGCUGAGGAUAACAGCAGAUGGGAGCCUAAAGGUGUGCCUUUUUGGGAAUUCAGAAGUGUCCUUGAGAGAUCACCUACGGUCAGGUGCCUCAGAGGAAGAGUUGGUUCAAAUCAUUGGAGCAGCAGUGGGCAGAAAAAAGAAACAGCAUGCUGGCAUGUUUAACAUUUCCCGGAUGAAAAAUCGGCCAAUGAUCCUGAUUGAGCCUGCACUGAUGUCAUUCCCACUAUGCCAGGAUGCCCUACAGAAUCCCCCAAAUUCAGAACAGUGGGGCCACACAUUUAGCCAUUGGCUGACUUUGAGAACAAGUUUACCCAAACAAAUGGGAAAAGCAUUAAUGAAAAACAAGCUUACAGGACAACUUUUUCCACCAGGAUCUUACCCAGAGCAACAGUGGCACAUAAGUACAGGAAUUCUACAAACCCAGCUCAGAGGCUGCUGUGUCUUCCAGAAGGACCCAAGCUCCACGUUUGACACAAAGUGCCUUGAGGCUUCUCCUGUUGGCCAAGUUUCUGUGGACUGUCAGUCCAAAGAGGCAAGUCCAGGAUCUGAAUUCUGUACCAGGGAUUUGGGAUCUUGCACUGAGGUACCUCGUGGCCCUGACAACUUGACUCACACUGAUGAGGAAGGACGGGCCACAAUGGUUGACGUUGGAGGGAAGCCAGAUUCAAGAAGAAGUGCUGUUGCUGGUGCUGUGGUCCGCCUGGGUGAGAAGGCGUUUGGGAUGGUGAGGCAGAACCAGGUGAAGAAAGGGGAUGUGCUGGCAGUAGCCCAGAUUGCAGGAAUUCAGGGAGCCAAGCUGACCAGCCAGUUGAUCCCGUUGUGUCACAACAUCCCACUCAAUCAUGUUGAGGUGUCUCUGAGCCUGGACGAGGCCAGAUACGCAGUGGUGAUUCGCAGCUCCUGUCAGACCUGGGGGAGGACAGGUGUGGAGAUGGAAGCUCUAACAGCUGCCAGCCUGGCUGCCCUGACUGUGUAUGACAUGUGCAAAGCAGUUACUCAUGACAUUGUGAUCGAAGAGGUGAAGUUGCUUAGUAAGACAGGUGGGCAGAGGGGAGACUUCUCAAGGGUCUAG